UCAGUCGUAGUCAGAACGCUUUGCCGUUUGGUGCUUUAGCGCAGAGAUUUUAGCGAGAGAUAUUUUGAACAAGAUGAUGAGGCCUGGGUUUUCUCACAUAUGCCUGUUGUUGGUGCUGCUGUAUGGUGCACUUGCUAUUGACAACUCCAAUCCCAAGUCACAGGUGGAGUACAUAAGUGUGCAACCAAGUGCAGAGAAGCCUCGCAUUGUGCCCAUAACACGGCCUCCUUUGCUCAAUCAGACACCACCACCGCCGCCGCGCGACUCUAAGAAUUUUGCAUAUAAUCCGACGACGAAUACCUGGACACAAAUUGGAAGCCAUGAUCCUAGACCGGAUGAGGAUACUUUCAUCUGGAAUCAAAGCAACGACAAAUGGCUAACUAAUGUCGCGGGUUCCUAAAGAACCGACACAUUUAUUUCAAUAUGAUUCACGACGUAAUUACAUUAAUCACCACUUAAAACGACGCACAGCUAAAAUGUUUUGUUAAACACGUUUAUGUUUCAAUAUAUUUUUAAUAUAUUUAGGGAAUAUUGCUUCCACAAUCGAGUAAGUGGAUUAUAAACAUAUCAGUUAAAUGAACGCUUUCUUAAAAGAAUCUUCUCAAAUUCGAAAAAUAAACACACUAUAAUUAAUA